AAACGUAAAGCGCGGGUCGGAUACAUCAUCAUUCAGUUUUGCAUCUUCUCUCAGUUGACAUCAGCGACAGACUACACCAACCAUCAUGAAAACCAUAUUGGUCUCUUUCUUGGCCGUCCUCUCAGUGGCUUCCGCCCAGAAGUUCUUCUUCUCGGACGCACCAACAGCCCCCGCCGGAGUGCCCGCCUCCCUGGCCCCAGCCGCACCCGGCGGUGGUCCCCUCGUACCCGGAGUCCCCGGCGGUCCUCUCGUCCCCGGUCUCCCUGGAUUCCCGGCUACCCCCCUUCAACAACAAGCCCCCGCCGUUCCCGCUAACCCCUCAUCCUUCUCCUCCUUCCCUUCAAACCCCUCAAUCCCCUCCUUCCCAUCCCAGUCGGUGCCCACCACCCUCGGAGCUGAUGGCCUCCCCAUCAUCCCCAAGAACUACAUCCCCAUCGUCGAGCACACCCAGGUCAAGAACAGCGACGGAAGCUACAACCUCCGCUACGAGACUGCCAACGGUAUCGCCCAGCAGGAGGCCUCUGCUGUGACCCUGAACGCCAAAGGUGAGCCAAUCGUGGCCAAGACCGGCAGUUACGGAUACACCGCUCCGGACGGCACCCCGGUCUCCAUCUCCUACAUCGCCGACGAACACGGCUUCCGCGUCAGCGGCAACCCCCUCCCCGUCGCCCCCCAGCCAGUCGCCGCCCCCGCCGCCCCUGGCUUCUUCUAGACGCACCGAAAUGUUGAUGUAAAAAUUGUAAAUAUAUUUAUUAAAUAGUAAGAUCUAA